GGGGGGGGGGGGGGGUUUGGUUUCUUUGACUUUUUCCUUCUCUCUCUUCUCCUCUGAAUUAUUUUCUUCUUAUUAAUUUUAGUUUUUGAUUUUAUUUCCCUUUUUAGUUUUCUCCUUUUAAAUUCUUUUAAAUUUUUGCUUUUCUUUUCCUUUUUCCUUUCUUUUUUUUAUUUCUUUUAUUAACUUGUAGUAUAAAUAUCUAUUUUUGGGUCAAUACUAAAAUUACCAUGUACAUAAUUUAGUUUUCUCUCAAUUUUUUAGGGUUUUAGUUGGGUUUAGCUUUUAGAGAGAGAAAAAUGAGAAAUUAUCAUUGAAAAUGGAGGAUUAUGGAUAAUACAAGAAGAUUUGAAGCAUUCAUUCAUCAAUCAAUGAGAAUUUUCUACUCUCUCUCCUUAUUUAUUGUUUAUUUAUUACUUUAUUUGUCGUUUAUUUAAUUUAAUUGUUUUUGCUUAGUUUAACGAUUCAUGUUUAGAUUAGUUGUUAUUAAUGUUUAGAAUCAUGUUUUUAGUCGUUAAUUUCUAUAAAUUUCAUAUUUUUAUGUUGAUGGAGUAGUUUAUUGGUUAGGGUUUGGGUGAAAACCUAACAAUGAUUGAUUUGGGUAAAUGAGUUUGAAUUUGGUGAUGUUGCAUGAUUAAAUUAUUGUUUGUUUGAGCAUACUCAAACUUUGUUGUAUGCAAAUUAGCUACUUGUGUAUGACUUAGAUUUUGGGGUAGUUGACUUUAGGAAAAUCGAGGGAUCGUGACCUAAGUUGACUAUUGUUUGGUUUGUGCUUAACCGUGACCUAAGGGUAGUUGUGUGUAGGACGGGAGUUCGCAUUUGACUAUUCUAAGAAUCGAUCCAAGGCGGGAGUCAUUUGGGGAUCUAUUUCUAACCAACGUCUCAUUCAUGCUUUGCUUGUGCAUCAUCGUUCUUAAUUGUUGCUCAUAUACUCGUUUCAUUAUUGUUGGUGUUUGAUCUCAUUCCUUGAACAUGUUUGUCCUUUGGUAGUUAGUUUAGUUGAUUUAGUUUUAGUUGACUUUUCCAACCCUAUCCCGACCUAGCUUGUUGUUCAAUUAGCAUAAAUUAGCGCACCUUACACUAGUGGAAAAAGGCUUAUUUGCAUCCCCGCAUUUGCCACGCCAUUCUGAACAUGCGAAGCAAAUAACAAAUUUUAGCAUAAAAUUUAGUGAUUUGCAUCGCAGAUUUGUUAAACUGCGAGGCAAAUGACUCUAGAAUGCCCCCCAGAGUCAUUUGCCACGCAGAAUUAUAAAUCUGCGAUGCAAAUUACUCAAUCAAUUGCAUCGCAGAUUUAUAAUUCUGCGUUGCAAUUGACUCUAUGGUGCCCCUAGAGUCAUUUGCCACGCAGAAUUAUAAAUCUGCGAUGCACAAGCUUUUGAUUUUUUUUUUAAAUUCCCGCUCACACUUAAUUGCAAAACGAAUUAAUAUUCUCGACAAACAACACUGCUUCACCGACGAAACCACCACGAAUUGUGAGCAAUAACACCUAGGUUUUGCUCGACAAACAACACUGCUUCACACCCAAACUCAACUCACGACAACACUGCUUCACCGGCGGCUUCAUUGUCGUUGUUCCUGUUCCGGCCCCUGCGUCGUUCUUCUGUUCGUCCUGAUAGCACAUCCCACCACAAGGCCACUGCCGACAUUCUCCAGACGACGCAGCGCACAACAAGGCCCCUGUUCCGGCCCCUGCCGUCAUUCUCCAGACGACGCAGCGCUGGUCCCUGUUGACGCCGCCGGCCACGCCGCCGCACACUCCACCGGCGCCCCUUCUCAGUCACGUCGUCUCUCCUCUUUUAAUAAUUAGAUGCUUGGGUAGAAGAAAAAAAGAGAGAAAACAAUCCAAGAUAGUCAAAUCCGUCAUACUGAAGGUAAUUUGAGCUAGUUUCGGUGUACCGUAAGGGAAAUGGGGUGCGAAAAUCUUAAAGAGUUUAGAGAGAAUUUAGAGAAUUUCAUAUCACAGAUGAGAGAAUUUUUCUUUCAUUUAGAGAGAAUUUCAUAUCACAGAUGAAACUAAGAAAGAAGUUGUCUUAAAGAGUUGUGAUACGCGGUGGAGGGAAUUCAAAUCAAGAUUGGCGACUGGUUGGAUCCAUGAUACAAGAAAAAGGCGAAAAGAUGAACGGAUGCCAUAUGAUUUGUAUAGCUAUAUAACUAAGGAUAUAUGGAAGGAAUUUGUGAAGAUACGUACCUCCGAAGAAGCUGAGGAAAUAAGUGAGAAAGCAAGACAGAGUCAAUCUUUCAACAUAUAUCCUCAUCAUAUGGGACAGAAAUCAUAUGCUGAAAAGACAAGUGAAUGGCAAAGAAAAGGGUACAUUCCCUCAGUUUCUUCGUCAUCUGAUGGUUCCUCUGCGUCUACAAUUGCUUCAAGUUUGCCGAGUAGGACAUGUUUAUGGCUUCUUGCAAGAUCGGUACCAGAUGAGAAAGGAAAUCCUUACUUGCCGGAUAAGGGCACACAAAAGGUCAAAGAAAAUAUUGAUGAAUGGAAAAGGAAACAAGAUGAAGGGGAAUUUGUUCCCAAAAGUACACGAGAUGAUGUCUUAUCUCGUGCACUUGGUAAGACUAAAGAAGGGAGACCACUAACAUUUGGUGGUGGAGUAGGCAUCAAAGCUGUGUGGGGGACCGCAGAGCGGCGUAGCUUUCGACGGUAUGGAGAUGCGGAGAUGGAGGAAAUGGAAGCAAGAGUGACCAAAAGGGUCAAAGAUGAGACAAUACAAGAGAUGAACUCCAAGAUGGAUGCCAUGGUUAUGGAGAAGUUUAUCACAUUUGCUAAAGAACUUGGUGUCCAAAUACCAAGCCAGAUGAGGAUAGACGCAAAUGUUCAUAGUAGUUGUCGUUCUGGGGGUUUAGAUCCUUUUGCCGACAUUACGGAACCUGUCCCGUGCCAUCUAUACCUGAACAUAGGCUCCGAGAAAGUCUUUGUUGCCUAUGGUACCAUAUGUCCAGAGUUGAUCCUUGAUCACCACAACGACGUCACUUCCGAUAACGUGAAAGUGAGCGUUGAUGAUUUUGAGCCCGCGUACAAAGAAGCUCCCGUCCCCGUGCCUUCUCAAUAUAUUAAGAAACUUGCUCAAGCUCAUGGUACCUUCACUCAGUGGCCAAAGCAUUUGGUGUCGCUUACGAAUGAGGAGGUAAACAAGCCUACAAGUAAAGAGCCUAAAGGGAAAGGGAACAAAGGGAAAGAGAUAGUGCUUGGGAGAAGUGGAUGCGAAACAAAAGCGUCCAACACUAAAUCAAAAACAUAUUUCCUUGAAAAUUAUAAAGUGCAAAAUUUGAGUGGUAAGUGCAAUGUAAUGAAAACUAUGAUGUUGAGAUUAAAAGAAGGGGAGCGCGUUAAGGUGCAAGGCACUAAAAGGACAUUCAAUAUGGAAAAAGACUUUGAAAUUAGUGUCACCGUUGAAGACACCGCUCAACUUCUCUCGGGAGCAUGGCUAAAUGUAUCGAUAAUACAAGUUUUUAUUAUGGCUUUGAGUGAGUUGUGUUUUCACGAUGAUUGUCACUCCAAUACUAUUGGAUUCAUGUGCCCGGAGAUGAUCUCGGCCACCAUGUUAAAGACCGAUGCAGAUCGAAUUCUAUCGUACAUGACGAGGUCCAUGAGUGCACUUACUUCUAAGACAUUCAUCUUAUGUCCAUACUACGAAAAGAGUCAUUGGAUGCUUUUAGUUCUUUGCUUAUCUAAACGUGAGGUCUACAUAUUUGAUUCUCAACAGAAGAAGAGAAAUUUGAUGAUUAAGGAGCCACUAAACAACACCAAAGAGCAUUGACAAGCGAACCCGGAUUUGGGAUGAUACCAACAAGUUCUCUUAGGUCGAUCUGAUCAUUAACCAAGCACCCGGUGCACCCUUACCCUCGGGUAUACCCAAUUACUCCGUAGGGAUUGUGAAUGUGUGCGCAUCUGGUUGUGCUAUCUCUCAGAUUCAUCUCUGCUGUGGGUGGUUCAGCUCUGCCUUCCCCAUCGGCCCAAUGAUCUUCAAGCGCAUCCGUUUCAAUGAUUGCGUGAUCAAUGCUGGCAGAACCCUCCACAGUGGCCAGUCUUUUAAAUUUCAGUAUGCUAAUAUCUGCA